GUGCACCCGGAGUGGGCGCCCAUCGGCGCCGAGCGCAUGGAGGAGCUCGUCGACGCCGACUUCUUCGCGGGCUGCCGCUUCUUCCGCGUCGUGCCCGGCUUCGUCGCCCAGUUCGGCAUCCACGGCAAGCCCGCGGUGUCGGCGAUGUGGCGCGACAGGACGAUCCCGGACGACAACGUCACGCAGAGCAACAUCGCCUACUACGUGUCCUACGCCACGUCCGGCGCCGACUCGCGGACGACGCAGAUGUUCAUCAACCUCGUGGACAACGAGCAGCUCGACGCCAUGGGCUUCGCGCCGUUCGCGCGGAUCACGACGGGCCUCGACACCGUCGACGACAUCUACAGCGAGCACGGCGAGAAGCCCCACCAGGGCUACAUCCAGCAGGACGGCAACACCUACCUGAAGAAGAACUUCCCGAAGCUGUCCUACGUCGUCUCC